AGCAGACAACAGGCUCACAACGUCUGCCUGGUCCUUUUCUGUCCUGUUUCUUCUCUGUUAUUACAAUUCUUGAGUUCUUUUCUGUUGUGCUUUGUUUCUUUAAGGUGCUCUUUUUACUCUGUCAACCAUGGACGUCGCCGCUGAGUUUGGUCCGCUUCAAGAACGGGUGAUUUCGAAACUAGUACAGACGACCCGUACUGUUGGCCAACUGUCUGCUGAAGACCUCAGUUUCCACAGAUCCUCGAGCGCUGAGAUAUCCGAUAGUCUUGACGAGCAAAGUGGGAGACUUCUAUCUCUGACAUCAUCGUUACUGAAAGUCGCGACUGCGGGCACGGAUACCAAAGCUCCAGUCUUGGAGGAUGAAGAUUCCAUAGAAGACAAUUGGCGCGGGGUAGUGGACGUUAUCGAUACUCUUUUAGAGAAAGCAGAUGCUUGUCUAGACGAAUUUACGGGCGUUAUCAAAAAGCUGAGCCCGUCGCAGCAACAGCACGCACAAAAUGUGCCGAAGAGGAAAGAUCCCACGCAGAAAUUUCCUACCAUCUACGAUUAUGGCCCUUCGAAAAUCCCUAAACCUCAGCUUCAGUUCGACCGCGCUCCUGACAAUACCGAUGUUAAGCCAUUCCGACCGCUCCUCCGAACGAAGCCGCAUGCUAUUGUGCCAUUGGAGGAGUCCCUACAAUUGAUAGAUUCUGGGAAGGGCUACAAGAAUCCAUACGAAACUGAAAUUCGAGCUGCUAAAUACCCGUCCUCAACCUACACCUCCUCUCCCCCUAUUGACUAUCUUCCUUUCGAAUCGACUACCGCGACAUUUGUCGACACUCUUGAAGGAUUGAAGGAUAUGCUAGAAGAACUGAAGUCAGCAAAGGAGAUAGCAAUCGAUCUGGAACACCAUGAUGUACAUUCGUACCACGGUCUGGUUUCACUGAUGCAGAUCAGCACGCGUGAAAAGGAUUGGGUCGUUGAUACACUCAAGCCGUGGAGAGAGGAACUUCAGCAGCUCAAUGAAGUGUUUGCGGAUCCUGCCAUCUUGAAGGUACUUCAUGGAUCUUCUAUGGAUAUCAUCUGGCUGCAGCGUGAUCUGGGUCUUUAUGUUGUAGGCAUGUUCGAUACAUACCAUGCUUCGAUUGCCCUCAAUUACCCAAAGAGGAGUCUCAAGUUUCUGCUCGAGAAAUUUGUGAACUUCCAGGCCGACAAGAGGUAUCAAAUGGCCGACUGGAGGAUACGGCCCCUUCCGACUGCCAUGUUCGAUUACGCUCGCUCCGACACUCACUAUCUUCUCUACGUCUACGAUCAUCUACGCAAUGAGCUUGUUCAGAAUUCGACCCCUGAACACCAGCUCGUGGACUAUGUACUUGAACAGUCGAAGAAUGAAGCUCUCCAACGAUACGAGCGGCCUGUGUAUGAUGCGGCGAUGGGGCAGGGACCGGGCGGUUGGUACGACUACCUGGUGAGGAGCCCGGCCAUGCUGAGCAAAGAACAAUUCGCUGUCUUCAAGGCUGUUCAUCAGUGGCGCGACGAAGUGGCCAGGGCUGAGGAUGAAGGCGUUCAGUGUGUCUUCCCGAAGCAUGUACUUUUCAGGGUUGCCCAGGCUAUGCCCCUUGACCUUGGAACCCUCUUCAGGACUAUCUCUCCUGUGACGCCUCUAGUGAAAGAUAGAGCUUCGGAUCUUCUAGCAGUGAUCAAGGCUGCGAAAAUCGCCGGUGCUACCGGCCCAGAAUUGCGCGACGUGAUGAAACCGAGAACGACUACUUCGACGUCGCAGACUGCUGCUCCUAAAGAUGUAACUUCCCUCGAGCAAGGCUUAUUGACCCCUCUUGAAUCGAAGGGUCUCGCCUUGCCUACCGCUUCUCGGUCUGAAGUUUCUCAAUUCUGGGGCGUUGCUCUCGAGUACCAGCCACCGCUCACGCCGCCUGAGUAUUCUGUUACGGCUUCGGCGGAAGCUCUUCGACUUUCUCUCCCCAUCCCUGCCAUGCCCAUGACUGUUUCCGAGGCGAAGGAAAAACUGGGCACCUCCACCGUUCAACCGAUCCCACAAGCGAAACCACAGGCACCAGCUGCCGCUGCCGAUAGUAAAGAGAAGGAAAAUGAGAUAUUCAUUGUCAAGGAGAAGGGAGGCCCGCGGAAGCGGAAGGCCGUCGCUGCUGAAACUACCGAGAGUAGUCUCUCUUCUGAGAUUGACGGCAGCGACACGGGUACCAGCCCAGGCGCAAACGAGCAGCAGACCAAGAAGAAACGUACCAAGGAGUCGAAGAACAAAUCAGCUGCGGAAGAAUCUCGCCGUCAAACUCAAGACGCGACCCCGUUCGACUAUAGUGCUGCCGAAUCGGUGCUCCACGCUAACCCCAGCCAACCUGACAGCCGGCACCACACGAAAUCGAGGCGGUUCGACCCAUAUGCUAAAGCUCUGGAAGGCCCGCGGGGUGCACGAAAGACGAAACAAGAGACUACAGGCAAGACAUUCACAUUCAGGAAGUAAAAUGGUGGAAGGGGUUGAAUGUAUUGCACGACUACGGCGUUGGCUUUUUCUUUGCUGCACAAUUCGAGAUUUUUUUUUCACCUAGGGGACCUGGACGGUGGAUGCAACAUGCAUGUAUCUGAAAAAUUGUGGCAUGGCGAUACCCGGGCGUAUUUUGUGGUAAUAUGUUGUGAAGAGUCUUAACCUGCACAUCAAUGUAACUUGACAUGAUAUUCGAAGCUAUUAUUCCUUUCGUAUCAGCGGCAACUGCCGGAAAUGUAACGAAGUCCUGG